AUGACAACACCUGGUGUCAGCCUGGUGUCCAGUGGUGUCAGCCCAAACAACUCAGAGAACUUCUCCAGUGGUGUCAUCCUGUUUGUCUACAUUGCCACCUUCCUCAUUGGGAUACCUGCCAACAUCCUGGCAUUCUACACUUUCUGUCACAAAGUUUGCCAUAAACCUGCCCCUAUUGACAUUCUACUCUUGAACCUCACCCUGUCUGACCUCUUAUUUCUGACCUUCCUGCCAUUUAAGAUGAAAGAGGCCAUGGACAACCAGUUAUGGAACCUGCCCCUGCCACUGUGUCCCAUCACAGGGUUCAUGUUUUUCACCACCAUCUACACCAGCAUCUUAUUUCUGACAGGGAUUAGCGUGGAGCGCUACUUGAGUGUGGCUUACCCUACUGUUUACAGAAAGCCAGGUCGGACGAUCUACGCGGUGGUCGCCAGCGUGGCUUUCUGGAUCCUCUCUGUAUCUCACUGCAGCGUGGUCUUUGUAAUGCACUACUCCAACACCUCCAACACCGCCAACACCAGCCAGGUACGAACAAAGUGCUAUGAAGACUUCUCCCACAAGCAGCUCAGUAUCCUACUCCCAGUGCGCCUGGAGAUGUUCCUGGUCCUUUUCUGCUUCCCCUUCAUCAUCUGCUGUUUUUGCUACAUCAGCUUAAUACACAUCCUCUCAAGGAGGCCCAACAUCAACCGGCGUCGGCGACUCCGUGCCAUCGGCCUGGCGUUGGGCACCCUCCUGGUUUUCACCCUAUGUUUUGGGCCCUAUAACAUGUCCCACAUAUAUGGGUUUUGGUGGAAGAUGAGUCCACCAUGGCGGGUCAAGGCCACCCUGCUGAGCACCUUCAAUGCUUGUCUGGACCCCAUCAUAUUUUUUCUCUCUUCCUCUGAUGUGAGGAGCAUGCUCAGGCAUUGUCUGGAGAAUUUCAGGGCUGGUGUGCGUAGGCAGGAUCUUGAUAACAAACCUGAGGGUUCUUAA